GUUGUUCGCUUCGCAGCCCGAGCGAGAGGGGAAGCAGCCGCGGCCGAGAAUAGAUCUGAAGUCUUUCGCGCUGGACUCCCUCAAAUAACCGGAGAGAUGAAGGCAGCAGACGAGCCUGCCUACCUGACGGUGGGGACGGAUGUCAGCGCCAAGUACAGAGGAGCCUUCUGCGAGGCCAAGAUCAAGACUGUUAAGCGCAUGGUGAAGGUCAAGGUGACUCUGAAAGGGGAAAGCACGUCCCAGGUGGUGCAGGACGACCAGGUCAAGGGACCUCUGAGGGUGGGCUCCACGGUGGAGGUGAAGACCAACGAGGGUCUGUGCAGCGAAGCCGUCAUCAGUAAGCUGACCGACGCCAGCCUCUACACUGUGGUGUUCGACGACGGAGACGAGAAGACCCUCCGCCGGACGUCUCUGUGUCUGAAGGGAGAGCGACACUUUGCAGAGAGCGAGACGUUGGACCAGCUGCCGCUAACGAACCCAGAGCACUUCGGGACUCCGGUCAUCGGCAAGAAGUCGAACCGCGGAGGACGGCGCUCGUCUCAGGCUGUGGCCGACGAGGAGAACGAGUCGUCGUCCAGCGAGGACGAGGAGGACGACCGGAGGAGGCUGAACGACGAGCUGCUGGGGACCGUGUGCAGCAUCGAGAGCGUGGACGAGCCCAGCAGCUGGUUCCUGGCUCUGGUGGUGUCUCCCAGCUGCAACGACGAACUGGUGGUGAAGAAGGACCAGUGUCUGGUCAGGUCGUUCGGCGACGGCAAGUUUUACACGGUGGCAAGGAGACAUGUCCACACCGUCAACUCCCUCAGCCUCACCAAGUCCGACUUCUCCAACAGGAGAGGUCUGGAAGCAGCCCAGAUGUUCCUGAGGAGCAGAGAGGUCUCAGAGGUUUGGAAGAUGGACAUGAGUCAGAUCCUGGACUCAUCCUCCAGUGAAGACGAGGACGACGAAGAGGAGAAGGAGAGCGAGGACGAGGAGGAGGACGACGACGAGGAGAAGAAGAAGAAGAAGCACAUAAAGGAGGAGCCGGAGGAGGAGCUGGACCCCGAGGAGAGGGACCACUUCCUACAGCAGCUCUACAAGUUCAUGGAGGACAGAGGGACUCCCAUCAACAAGCCUCCAGUGUUGGGCUACAAAGAUCUGAACCUGUUCAAGCUCUUCAGGCUGGUUUAUCACCUGGGAGGCUGCCACAAGAUCGAGUCCGGCACCGUGUGGAAGCAGGUCUACAUGGACCUGGGGAUCCCCGUCCUCAACUCUGCUGCAUCCUACAACGUCAAGACGGCCUACAAAAAGUACCUUUACGGAUUCGAAGAGUACUGCCGCUCUGCCUCCAUCACCUUCAGAACCAUCCAUCACAACAACCCCCGCCCCCCUGCCCCGCCAGCCAAUCAGAAGCCAGCAGGGGCGGAGCCUAAGGAGACCCCCACGCCGCAAGUGAAGGCGGAGCCUGUUGAUGAAAACAGGGAGGAGACUGAGUCGGAGAGCGAAAGCGAGAAGGAGGAAGUGAAGGAGAUGCAGUCGUCCCCGAGGGGGAGGAGGAGGUGCGUUGGGAGUCGGGUGAAGGUGGAGAGAGAAGCUCCGUCCAGACCAGAGAAGAGAGGAGAGAACAGCGAGGAGCAGCAGAGGGAGGUGAGGAGACGCAGCAACAGGAGGAUGGACGACUCCGAGAAAGGCUCCGACGAAGACGAGGACGAGGAGGACGAUGAAGAUGACGAGGACGACGGCGAGAGGAGGAGAGGAGACAGGACUGACGAAGACGAGGAUGGAGACUCUGUGACAGGGACGAAGGUUCGGGUGAAGUACGGCCGAGGAAAGACUCAGAAGAUCUACGAGGCUCACAUCAAGAAGACCGACGUGGACAACGGGGAGCAGUUCUACCUGGUCCACUACUACGGCUGGAACGUCAGGUACGACGAGUGGGUGAAGGCCGACCGCAUCAUCUGGCCGGCAGAGAAGGGAACCAAGAAGAGGCAGCGGAGGAAGAUGAAGAACAAGGACGAGCCGGAGAAGGACGAAGACAAGCCGGCAGCGAUGGUGGCGGCGCCGAAGCCGACAGGAGCGAAGCGAGGACGACCUCCGAUCAGAACCACGCCGACCAGCGCCGCCGGACGCAGCGUCUCCAAAACACCGAGCAGCGAAAGACGGUCCAACGGGAAGAGCAGCAGGACGGAGACGACGCCCAACAUGGCCAACGGAGACAACACUCCUCGCAGGAGAACCAGGAGGACGUCCGGCAUGUACGACUCGGACCGAGCCUCCAACGAGGAUUCUGGGAACUCGUCAGAUGACAGCGAAUCAGAAGAUCCGCCUGAUAAAAAGCCGUCACCUUGGCGAGGAAGAGCUGAAGCUCCGCCCUGCCCGGCAGAGGAGGAGGAGCCAGAGGAGGAAGAUGAGGAUGAGGACGAGGAGGAGGAGGAGACGGGUGAGCUUGCUGAUGUCGCAGCUUCUCCUAGCAACACAGUCACCAUGGCAACAACAGCACAGCCGCCAGCUGCCGUCGUUGUAGCUCCGAGUCCCAGCAUACCUCCUGAGAAAGUCCCGAGCCAACCAGAGAAGGAGGAGGAGGAGGAGAAGGGGGAGGAGCCUGUCGGAGGUGCCGCCGAGUCGCCGGCUCACCUGGAGACCAAAAUGUCUCCAGUUACCAAGACGACACCCAUCCAGGACAAAAACAAGAUGUCUCCUGGACAGGAAGUGCCCGCUGAGGCGUCUCCCAGCAGGACGCCGCCGCCACUGCCGCAGCCUGACGCCCUUAGCAAAACUCCUGAGAGACCGCCGCCCACCGCCGAGGAAGACGACCGCUCCCCCCCCCUGUCCUCUCCCAGAGUCAAAGGUCGCCGGGCCAACCUCAGGGAGAGCGGCGCCGAGACUCCUCCCAGAAUCCCCCUCUGCAGCCCUGCCGCCAGCCCCUCCCAGACCACCGCACUGUCGUCGCCUCCUCGCAACGUCCUGAAGAGGCAGGAUGAGCCGAUGGUGGUGCUGCACUGCCUCCCCUCGCAGCGCCUGCGACCCGACUCUCCCGCCGCCGACUCCGACACCGACUCAGCCACCGAGGAGGAGGACGGCGAGGACAACGGCGAGGGGUCGCCCGAGGACAGGAGUGUUGCCAUCAAACGUAAGGCGGCAGAGCAGCGAGCUCCUGAGAAGAAGCCCCGCCCCGACAGGAAGCAAGAGGACGCAGCCUCCCCCAAAACCCCCGCUGCCACACCCAAGAUGGCUGCCGGAGCGUCCCCCAAAACCCUCCCCUCGCCGCUGCGCUCCGAGAGGCGUAGUGAGGUGAUGACGAAGGCGGAGGAUUGGCCCCGCCCCGCUGAGGAGGCGUCAGAGGAGCGUCUGGUGGGCGGGGCCAUGAAGGAGCCUGAGGUGCAUGCUGGGACGCCUCCCCCCGCCCCCGAGGCUCCAGGCCCCGCCCCCGCUGAGGAGCUGGAGCCGCCGAUGGGCCCUGAGGCGCUUGUCUGUCACGAGGUCGACCUGGACGACCCCGACGAGAAGGAGAAGCCCGUCUCCUCGGAGCACCUCCUCCUGAUGAUGCGGGAGCAGCAGGCUCCGCCCCCGCUGCCUCACCUUCUCCACGCCGCCCUCCCCUCCCCCCACCUCCCCCAGCCUCAGGUCCGCCCCUUCUUCCCUGCUGCCGCUCCAAGCUCCGCCCCCUGCCCUGAAGAGCUCCACCUGGCCAAAAGCGAGGAGGAGCAAGGAGCGAUGAGGGCGGAGCCUGAGGGCGACUCCAGCCCCGGGUUCGAUGCCUCCUCGUCCUCCACCUCGCUGUUGUCGCUGCAGGAGAGCAAAGAUCGAGGUCAGAAGAGAGUGACGGACUGUAACUCGAGUCCGUCAGCCAAGAAACAGAAACGCAACCAGAAACGACUGAACACGCCGGGGAAGGUGGAGAAGAACGGAGCAGGCCACAGCAGCGACAGCGAGGAUCAGUCCCGUCUAUCCCUGAAGUCCCAGAAGUCUCGCUGUCCCGGACUUUCAUCUCCGUCGUCUCACAGCAAAGACAAGCAGAGCUUCCCGUCUCCUCAGAGGACCUACAAGUGGACCUUCCAGCUCGACGAGCUGGACAGCAUGUCGAGCACAGAGAGGAUCUCCUUCCUGCAGGAGAAGCUGCAGGAGAUCAGGAAGUACUACAUGACGCUCAAGUCGGAGGUGGCGUCCAUCGACAGACGCAGGAAGAGACUAAAGAAGAAGGAGAGAGAAGUGUCCAACACGACGGCGUCCACGUCUUCGGGCUCUUCGGACACCGGCAUGAGUCCGUCCUCGGCGUCGCCCACGCAGAACACUGUGGCGGUGGAGUGCAGGUGAUGACACGCCCACAGAGACUCCGCCUACCUCCUGCUCAGCCCCGCCCCCUCCAGACACAGACUCCGCCCCUCUCUGCCGACUCCGAGGGCACGAUGGGUUAAAAAAAAAACAAACAAGCUCCCCGCAGUUUGCAGCCACGAGCUUCGCCCAACGCAGCGGCUGAUGGGAAAUGCCGCACAGAGGAGGGGGAGGGGAGGGGGCGUUGACCGAAGCCCCGCCCCCUUGUCGACGGACUGACUUCCUGUUUGAGGAGCAAAAAACGAGCUCGCCGUCUGUCCAGCCGCAGAACUCCUCUUCUCUCCAUAAAGUGUUGGAGGGCGUCGAUAUGCACAUUUUUAUUUUCACUUUUUGUUUCUUCGCUCCAAUUUAAAAAAAACAAAAAAAACAAAAAAAAACAAGU